AUGCAGUUCAACACUAAAAAAUGUAAAUUUAUGCGUUUGACGCAUAAAACAUCGUUCAAGCAUAUCCAUUAUGAUAUGAAUGGCGACUUGCUGGAUCGAGUUAAGUCAGUGAAAGACCUAGGUAUCUCGGUGACAGAUAACCUACGAUGGUCUCAACACAUACAAGAGAUAACUUUGAAAGCGAAUAGAACCUUAGGCUUGGUUAAAAGGGUAUGCAGAGAUAUAAAAGAUGUCCAUAUUAGGAAAGCUCUGUACUGUUCGUUGAUAAGACCUCAACUGGAGUAUGCAUCCGAACUGUGGUCCCACAAACAAGUCACAUAUUGCUUCCCUUGGAAGAUAGAAUAA